ACCGAGCGCCGGGCGCGCUCCAUUGGCGGCGGAUUCGAAUGUUCCAGUCGGGAUCUCCGGGCCGGAGGGAGCGCUUGAGCGGCCGCGUUGUUCUAGUUGUUCCAGCGGGCGCGAACCCCGGCUCGGUGCUGGGGGAUCUCGGAAGCUAAGGCGGCUGGAGCCUGAGCGAGAGGAUGGCUCUGUCCGCGACAGUCUCCCAGAGAAAGCGGAUAAAGCGGAAGGCUCCCCGCGGCUUUCUAAAGCGCGUCUUCAAGCGAUGGAAGCCUCACCUUCGUCUAGAGUCAAGAGGCGACUUACUGAUGCAUUUGAACUGUUUACUGUUUGUUCGUCGGUUAGCAGGAGAGUCGAGGACAGAUGCUUAUGAGAAUAAGUGUGGAGUCAUCAAAAAGAAGCGUGUACAGGCUGCAGCAAAGGUAAUUCUAAAGAAGAGCAGAGGUUAGAAGUCAAAAAAAGAGAAGUCAAAGAACACAAUUUUGAAAAUUAUAUGGUGUAUUGUUUUAGGUGGUGACAGAUUGUGAAAGCAGUUUUUAUGUUUUCAGCUAAUAUUGUGUAUUAUUAAACUUGGUUAGUAGAGGUAUGUGUGUAUUUGUAUAUUUUUUUUUACCAGUAUUGAAAUAUCUCAAGCAUGUAGGACCAUGUAACUUUUUUUUUUUUUGAGGCAUUAUGUUUCAUUCAUUUCAAGUGGCCUCUAGUUCCUUUUAUUUCUAUUUUGUUGGUAUUGUAAAUGUUUUACAUAUCAAAAUGAAAUCUUACUGCAUUAAGUAGCUUGAAGAGAUAUAUUUCAUAGAAUUUAUAAGGAUUUAGAUUUAGCCACAACAAACUAUGGAAUCAAUUUAAUUUGAAGAAAGAUAAGUACAGUGAAAUCUAGGUACAGUUUAUGUAUUUAACUCUUUAAUGCCUUUGCAUAAGCGAUGUAAUCUUCUUUUAUGUUAUGUAACUGUUCAACAGUAAACAUCACCAAAAACUCAUCUCCCUUCCCAAACCAAAAAAAAAUUUAUGGAGUAAACUGACUUAUUUUCCUCAAGGCACACAUAUUUAAGAGAUAUUUUAUUUCCCUUAAGGAAGCCUUUAAAAGUCUAUUGUAUAUCAUCUAAGAGUUAUUAUUUUUAAUUUUUUAUUUUGAAAUAAUCAUAGAUUGCAAAGAUAGUAGAGAGAUCCCCAUGUACUCUACAUCCCAUUUUCCCCCAGUGGUUACAUCUUAGAAAUUAUAGUACAAUAUCAAAACCAGGAAUUUGAAAUCAGUACAGUAUGUAUGUAAUUCUGUACCAUUUUAUCACAUGUGUAGAUUUGUGUACCCAGCAUGACAAGAGGGAGAACUAUUAUUUCAUUACCACAGAGUUCUCUUUCAUGUUGUCCUUUUAUAAAUUCCACUGAGACUCCUAUGGCCUCUUCCCGCCUACCCUGCUCCCACUAUACCUAAAUCCUGGCAACCACUGAUCUAUUCUCCAUCUCUAUAAUUUUGUCAUUUUGAUGGAAUCAUAUGACUUCUGGGGAUUUGUUGUUUUAACUCAGCAUAACUUCCUUGAGAUCCAUGAAGUUGUUGCAUGUAGCAGUUUGUUCCUUUUUAUUACUGAGUCAUAUUCCGUGGUAUUUACCACAGUUUGUGUAACUAUUCAUCCAUUGAGGGGCAUUUUGAUUAUUUCCAGUUUUGGCUGUUAAAUAAAGCUGAUACGAACAAUUGUGUACAAGUUUUUAUACAGAUACAGGUUUUCAUUUCACUGAGGUAAAUUCCCAAGACUGUGAUUGUUGGACCAAAUGGUAAAUACAUGUUUAGUUUUAAAACUGUUUUCCAGACUGGCUUUACCAUUUUACAUUCCCAUUAGUAGUUUGAUUUGAGAAAUCUUUCUUCACAUUCUCACAUUUUGUUACUUUUUUAUUUUAGUUUCAAUAGGAGUAUGUCUUAUCAUGGUUUCUAAUUUUAAUUU